AUGUUUCCGAGUUCAUUAUUGGUCUUGUUGGCAACGAUGGUUUUGUUCAAUCGAGCGGCAAAAAUUGAGAACAUGUAUGAUUUUAGUAAUAUCAUAGAUUUUGAAGAUUCAACAUCCCCUCCGUCGAAAAUUGAACUGUUUCGUCCAAACGGAAUUGAACAAAUUGGCCAAGGAAAUGACGAAAACAAAAGUACAUCUGAAACCAAUAACAAAUCAAUUUUGAAACGAUUCACCGGUGGUAUAACUGGUUAUCUAAAGUCAUACUUGGAUUCUUCAUGCGAAACGUCGGGUAUUAUCCUUUCCGAUGAUGAAGUUUGCUUGUGCAAAAAUUCAACGGUGCUAUUUUUCUUUAAAAAAAAUAAUUGUUUUUUGGUAAAAGUUACUAAUUCCGGCAAUAAAAAACACUAA